UGGUGGGGUGCCAAUAUGAGUCCGCCCACGUUUCAAUGCUCAACGUCCGGCGUCGGUCUGCUAACGCAACCGGUCAGAACACGCGGUACCGACGCCGAGUCGAGACGUUCCGUUAGUCACGGAAUGCUUCCACGUCUUCUGCCCAGGAUUGAUGCUACCUCAUCUCGAUCGAUAAGCGACAUCUCGACGCAGUCCUCAAGAAGGAUGCCAUCGCUGAGGACAUUUCGCGUCGAGUUCGACCGACCUGGUGCCACUUACGCGCCCGGAGAAGUUGUUACCGGCAAUGUCAUCGUCAAUCUGGCCAGUGAGAAGACUAUCAGAGCACUGAAACUGACAGUCAAAGGAGAAGCUAACGUGCACUGGGAGAGACGCAGGACGACGAAAGAUUCCCAAGGACGUCAACAAACCCACACUGACCACUUCCGAGGGAACGAGCAGUACUUCAAUCUGACUUAUUUGCUGUUAGGAGAUACAGGAGGCGGAGAAGUGCGAAUGCCAUCUGGAUAUAGUGAAUACGCUUUUAGUUUCUUACUACCUCACAAUAUACCAUGCAGCUUUGAGCAUAAACACGGUCACAUCAGAUACACGACAAAAGCUAUCAUCGAUAGACCAUGGAAGUUCAAUCACGAAUGCAAAGUCGCAUUCACUGUGGUCACAUCGUACGACUUAAACGCUCACAGUCAACAGUGUAUCGGCAUAGAUGACGAAGAAAACGAGAGUUUCUUUUGCUGCUUUAGCCGAGGUUCAAUAAAGAUGUGCAUCAAAUUGCCGACGACAGGCUUCGUGCCAGGGCAAUCAAUAGAGACCACGGUCAAUCUUGAGAAUACGAGUCGUGUCAACAUCGUGCGGAUUUGUGUUAAACUAGAACGGUCUCUAGAGUUCCACGCAAAGACACCUUAUCACCUUACCAAGACGGAUAAGGCGAUCGUAAAGGCAGAACAAAAUAACGGACCGUUCGGCCAAUUGUCCAACAUUGUAUCACGGUUGCAAAUUCCGCCAAUACCACCAUCUCAACUGGAGCAUUGCGGCAUAAUAGAUCAAAAGUACACUGUACGCAUCACGGUUCAUGUCUCGGGCAUGCAUUGCAGCAUCACUAAGACUUACCCGAUUUUAAUCGGAACAAUUCCAUUACGCUCGACAAUGCCAUCUGCACCUUACCAACAAAACAUACCUCAACCCACAGCUCCUAUGAUUCAGGAAUAUGACGACCCGCCGCCACCAAUGCCAACAUCUCUGGAUUACUCACCGCCAAAUGUACCUUAUCCAGGUUCGAUAGGUUUCGUUUCUCCGAAUCAACCUAGCACUUCGACUAGUCAGUGGGACAUGCCACCGCCAUCGUAUGAGGAAUGUAUGCAGAAAACGAGCAACAUCAAGGAUCACGACGAAUCCAAUUACGUGCACGGCGCCAACGAGCCGUUCGCACCGAGAUAUCCAGUAUUCAAUUUCCCAGCAUCGUAUCCACCUGGGAACUGAGCGAAUACGAAGUACAAUUCAACACACCUCGUACACGACCGCUACUUCUACACUCUGCUCGCUUGCUGAAUCGUAAUAAAGAAACAAGAAUAUCAAAUCAAACACGCAAGCUGCGAUCGUUACUACCUCGAAUUAGAAUUUCUGUACACUAUUUAAUAUUUUAAGUGUAAAUCGUAUACAUAUUUUUGUACGUUAUAGCAUGCUCUAAGUCUUAUUUGUAAUUACAAUUGCGUUCCCAGACAGUCAGAUGUCCUGGGAUCAUUAUAGAGGGUAUUUAUGAGAAACUUGCCAGGACAUCCUGGACAAGUUCGGGACGAUUUUAAGAUGUCUUGUGCCAUCUGGAUCACGUUUUAUGUGGAGUGUAACACGUAUUAUGUAUUAUAUGUACAACGCGAUGAAUAUUAAUCGGAAAUAUGUACAUCGCGUACUCAACAUUCGCUUACAUCAGCAUUCAACGUCAGCGAAACAUUUGGGAGAAAGUCAAAGGAUGCAAUGCGUAAAAAAAGUACCCAAAGGGAGCAAAAUAAAGAUGAUUAUGCGAAAAUGGUAUAUUUACACAAUUUAUUUUAUAUCUCAACAUCAUUAUCAUAUCAUAAUCAUCAUCGAGUCAUUAGAUAGCAAAAUUAACGUGGUUGGUUAACAUUAAUAAUUAAUUUCGAAUUUCGACAGAAACGGACAGGGAUAGUGACGCAACAGAGAAGAAAAGGGACUCGUUCCGAUAACUUUCGCAAGACAAUCUGGAUCUGGAGUUUCGCAUUCAGCAAUCAGAGUGAAUGCGAAAAGCGGAAAAUAGAAGUCGGAAGUGGAGCGGAAGGAAAAGGACUAUAUGAAGAAUCGUGAACUUAGCGCGAACGGUCACUCCUAUGAGAGAUUUUCUAUAGUCUACAAUAAUUGUACUCCAAAUUUACAACAUAGCAAAUGUACACAGUACAACUAUUCACAUUCAGCCACCAAAUGCCCGGCGAGAACGUAUCAUUGUAGGAACUGAACCCAUCCAUUUCAACGCGUUUAAACGCUGCCUUAAAUACUGAGAAUGAACGUCGAUUGCUCUAUUGCUCGGCAUUGCUGUCGGAUGACUGCGAGAGAGAUGGUGAAAACUUGCUACUUUGCUCGAAUAGCCGACUCUUGUGUCGCGUCCUAAGGAGUCAAUGCUCGCAAACUAUUCUUACAUCGCAAACUUCGCUUUUAAUGCCGCUUGCACACACGUGAAUGGUCCCAUUGAUUAUCAGAACUUGGCCCUGUUAAGAUCGGUGUGGUAGCCAUUUACUUUGAUGCAAAGUCGACUUCCGUAACACACUCGCGGCCGCAUCUCGCGUCGAAACAGUGGAGGCGAACAGCGAGUUCUCUUUUGGCGGACCAUUCUAACAAGUCGUAAGCUGCUACAUUAAGGCGGUCUCACAUAUUAUUCACAGAAACAUCCGAAGCAAAAUCGGUAGGAAACGAUGCGCUACGAUUCACAACAUUUUGCGGGACAUGACUAACGUUCGAGAUGCUUGAAUGUGUACGACCUAAAUCGGCAUUCAGUGUGGUAGGAGCUUACUCGUGCUAAUUCGAUAUACAAUCCGAGCUGGAAACAUGACGGAACGAACUCAUAAACCGUAUUAGAUAUAAGGAUAUGAUUAAAUUGCGAAGGAAACGUCACAAAAUCUUCGAUUAUAUAAUUACAAAGAACAACAAAGUCAGGAAUUAUAUCAGCGUGGACUUGGUUCACGACGAGCACUGAAACUUGUGUACGCAACACUUGAAAAAAAAUUACAUCUCCAGAAAGUCCUCAAAUGUAGCAAACGAAGUCCAAAUGGCAUUGGCGUACUUGAUUGAACGUGCAAAGGAGGAAGUAGUCUCUACUAAACGAAUGGAUCUUACAGAGUCCCUGACUCGAUAAUGUUUCCUGACUUCUUUCCUAAACUUUUUUUUUCGAGCGUCCUGGUUCUUCGGGAGGGAAAAGGAACUGUGCGCUCCGACUUUACAAAAAUUUGCAUCGCUUAUAUUACAAUAACCUUCCCUCGAUUUAUGACAUUCAACCCUUAAUAUAUUAUUAUCAUAAAUAAAUUUGGUCUAUCGGUAAUAUUGUGAAUACGCCGGUACAAAUACUGGCAGUAUUUGGUUAAGUAAAAAAUCAUGAUCACUAGAAGAGGUAACUUCGUAUGGGAUCGAUUGCGGUAUUACAAGAACAAUUCCUUCCGUUUCUCAUAUCUUUCUCUUACGUGGUGCUGAGCGGAAAAGAUCAUUGCAAUUCGUCGCUUCGCGAUGAUGACGCAAGUGAAGCCGAUGUUUCACACGCACGUUACUACUUCCAGUAAACUUGAUUUGACAUCCUCUGAAUGAUUUACCGGGGGUUUCGCAAAUCUAUCCACGGCAGAAGCGGAACUUUCCGAUUGGACCGGAACUUUCACGACUCGGUCCGCGCAUACUUUCUUUUGUCGUCAUUCAACUAACAUUUACACAUAGCCUAGUGCAGGAGAUAAUUAAUGCCCUGUGUGUGAGACUAACUUUCCUAAUUGUCCUCGCAAUGAUCGGAUAGAUGAACAAUCGAUUAAAGCGGCACAUGUAGAUAUCUAUCAAAGGAAUACGAGACUUUCAUGUUCAGAUUUCAUAUUUACUUGAAGUUUAAUCGAACUUCGCACGAGUUCCAUGAUGAUGAUCGCGUCGACGCGCGACAAAGAUAAGCGAGAUAACGCUACUGCGUGAAUAGAUCUACCAAUGGAACCGAUAGGAGAGUGUGCUGUGACUCCGGUAGAUCGGCUUGAAAAAAUGGGCGUUGUAACAGAUGCCUUCAACGUUUCCAACUUGAUCCACCAAAACUGCCCCGGUCAGCAUGUAUUGUAAACUAUCGCGACCCACUUAUUCGCGCUUCGUUUUAAAAAAAUAAUCAAUGUUGUUAUUGUUUACCACCGCAAUGUGGCGUAAUGGGUUCAAGACAAACAUCAACAUCUCAUCUCUACUUUGUAUGCGUACAUACAUCAUUAAAACCGUUAACAUUAACUGAGA